CUGAACUCCUCGCAGUAAAUGUUGUGAGAAUAAACGCCAGCUACAUGCAUUCAUAUCUUCGUCCUCCUAGCUAUCGGACGGGCGCGAGACGUGACCGCAUCCGGCGCAAACGUAGUAAAGGGCCUAAGAGAGUCAGGAUAGCUCGUGAACUUGUCCGGAAUAUUUACCAUGCCCGUCUCGGCGGUCCGCUGCUGCGACUGGAAGAAGACGGCUUCAUUCUCGCCGCACUCUGUGCAUUGCUUCUGGAUACGCGGUAACUAGACACGGGUACAGUCAGCGAGC